AUGAAUGGAACUCUGAAAGUGUUAAUGUUGAAGCACCUGUUGGUGAGAGUGCAUAGAUUUAUCAAUACAACAGUGGAACUUCUCUCUCCUGUUUUAUUCUUUAUAAUCCUGUAUAUUUUCAAGGACAAAAUAAAUCAGCCCAAACCAUCUCAUGCUCAAAAUGAACUCAACAUAUAUAACACUGAGCCGAUCCCCUUGGAGAGUGUUCGCGGCCCUAGUCUGAUAUACUACACGCCGGACACCGACCUCACCGGGUUGCUGAUGGACCGUGUCGGUGACAAACUGGGACUCGAACGACUCAAAUAUUUCUCAAGAUACCCUACAAGCGGGUACUACCCUAUAGCUAACAUCGGUGACCUGUCAGACACCAUCCAUUUCAUGGACGAGCAUGUAGCGGUCGUCGUGUUUCAGGAUAUAUCUGGCACCUGGCCAAAAAACCUGAACUACACUAUCCGGAUAAAGGCGGACUUCAUGACUCACCUCUAUAACCCGCAAGACGGCGGUGUGGGACCACAUGAGAGAUUUGGUACUAUUUAUGAGCCUUUUAUGCGUCUUCAAUGGGCGAUCGACACUAGCUACUUGCAGCUGCUGGGCGUUAAUAUUAACCAAACAGUAACACUGCAAGAGUUCCCGUACGUCAUGAUGAACUAUAAUGGAAAUCAAGUUAUUGUGAUAUUAAGCGCAGUUUUGAACGUGAUGUGCUGGCUCUCUCUGCUGCUAGUCUUCGUGUUCCUCAUGUCACGACUGCUGGAAGAACGCAUUUCGGGUAUAGAGGAAUUAAUAAAAAUGUCGGGUGUGUCUGGCAACACGCUGGGCAUCUCCCACUUCCUGAACGUCGUGCCGACCGGACUCAUGUACUGCGUAGUCAACACCGCUCUUCUGACGGCCUCCGCAAACCCUGUCAUACCUUCGUCCAAUCCCUUGCUGAUUUGCAUCAUAUUGGCGCUGCAUUUUGUCAGUGUGAUCGCUAUGGCUUUCGCUUGCAGCUACUUCGUGAAAAAUACCCAGUACGUGGUGACGCUUUCGUUGUUCGCGUACGUGGCGCUGUGGGUGCCGUGGAGACUGGCGUCCGAGCACGCGCCGCGGUCGCUGAUUGCGCUGGCCGGCCUGCUGCCGCACAUGCCGCUGCACGCUUUCUGGGAGGAGCUCGCAGCGCUCGAGCGUUUCGGUCAAGGCUUAGCAUUCAGCAACAUGGCUAAGACGCACGGCGCCAAGAGCUUUUCCGUGCUGUUGUCUAUGCUGUUCUUUAUAGUGCAGAGCGCGAUCUUCUUCCUGCUAGCCUGGUACCUCUCCCACGUCAAUCCUGGACCCUACGGGCAAGCUUUGCCUUGGAGCUUUAUUUUUCGGCGGCAGUAUUGGUAUCAGAAGAAGAUAACACCGAAAACAGAAUUUGAAGAAUCUGAAGAACCCAUCACGCAAGAUCCGCUGUUCUUUGAGGAUGCGCCAAAGAACCUUGAAGCCGGAAUCAAAAUUGUUAACGUGACCAAGGUGUUUCCAAAGAAACUUGCACUCUCUAACGUAUCACUUGACAUAUACAAAGGUGAAAUCACAGUACUACUGGGACACAACGGCGCUGGCAAGACUACUCUCAUGAACAUAAUUACAGGAAUGAUAAGUGCAACAUCUGGCAAAGUGUAUGUGGAGGGAUUUGAUAACGUCACCCAGAAAAACAAGGUGCGGAAGCUGAUAGGUCUAUGUCCUCAACACAACCUGUUCUUCUCAAACCUCACCGUGCUGGAGCAUAUUAUAUUCUUCUCUAUGCUUAAAGGCAUGGGGUACCGCGAGGCGCGGGUGGAGUCCAGUGAGCUGGUGCGGCAGCUCGGGCUGGUGGGCAAGGAGUCCAGCCGCAGCGGGCAGCUGUCGGGCGGCAUGAAGCGGCGCCUGCAGCUGGCCUGCGCGUUGGCCGGCCGCGCGCGCGUGCUCGUGCUGGACGAGCCCACGUCCGGCCUCGACGUGGAGACGCGCCGCUCGCUGUGGGACCUGCUGCUGGUGAGUGACGAGCCCACGUCCGGCCUCGACGUGGAGAUGCGCCGCUCAUUGUGGGACCUGCUGCUGGUGAGUGACGAGCCCACGUCCGGCCUCGACGUGGAUACGCGCCGCUCGCUGUGGGACCUGCUGCUGGUGAGUGACGAGCCCACGUCCGGCCUCGACGUGGAGACGCGCCGCUCGCUGUGGGACCUGCUGCUGGUGAGUGACGAGCCCACGUCCGGCCUCGACGUGGAGACGCGCCGCUCGCUGUGGGACCUGCUGCUGGUGAGUGACGAGCCCACGUCCGGCCUCGACGUGGAGACGCGCCGCUCGCUGUGGGACCUGCUGCUGGUGAGUGACGAGCCCACGUCCGGCCUCGACGUGGAGACGCGCCGCUCGCUGUGGGACCUGCUGCUGGUGAGUGACGAGCCCACGUCCGGCCUCGACGUGGAGACGCGCCGCUCGCUGUGGGACCUGCUACUGGUGGGGAGCACGUCCGGCCUCGAUGUGGAACGCGCCGCUCGCUGUGGGACCUGCUGCUGCCUCGACGUGGAGACGCGCCGCUCGCUGUGGGACCUGCUACUGGUGAGUGACGAGCCCACGUCCGGUCUCGAUGUGGAGACGCGCCGCUCGCUGUGGGACCUGCUGCUGGUGAGUGACGAGCCCACGUCUGGCCUCGACGUAGAGACACGCCGCUCGCUGUGGGACCUGCUGCUGUCGCUGCGCGGUGAUCGCUGCGUGCUACUGAGCACGCACUUCAUGGAGGAGGCGGAUGCGCUGGGCGACCGCGUGGCGGCGCUGCACAACGGCCGUCUGCGCUGCCACGCUACCACCAUGCACCUCAAGCGCGCGCUUGGUACGUCCUGCGCACUACUCUGUACACUCUAUAUACACAUGUACACGCUGCUUGCUUCACGUCACCACCAUGCACCUCAAGCGCGCGCUCGGUACGUUCCGCGCACUACUCUGUACACUAUAUAUACACAUGUACACACUGCACGCUUUACGUCACCACCAUGCACCUCAAGCGCGCACUCGCGCGAUUUAGGCUUCGGUGUGUGGCGCGACGACAGCGCCGCUACACCACCAUGCACUUCAAGCGCGCGCUCGGUACGUCCCGCGCACUACUCUGUAUACUCUAUAUACACAUGUACACGCUGCACGCUUCACGUCACCACCAUGCACCUCAAGCGCGCGCUCGGUACGUCCCGCGCACUACUCUGUACACUCUAUAUACACAUGUACACGCUGCACGCUUCACGUCACCACCAUGCACCUCAAGCGCGCGCUCGGUACGUCCCGCGCACUAUUCUGUACACUCUAUAUACACAUGUACACGCUGCACGCUUCACGUCACCACCAUGCACCUCAAGCGCGCGCUCGGUACGUCCCGCGCACUGCUCUGUACACUCUAUAUACACAUGUACACGCUGCACGCUUCACGUCACCACCAUGCACCUCAAGCGCGCGCUCGGUACGUCCCGCGCACUAUUCUGUACACUCUAUAUACACAUGUACACGCUGCACGCUUCACGUUACCACCAUGCACCUCAAGCGCGCGCUGGGUACGUCCCGCGCACUAUUCUGUACACUCUAUAUACACAUGUACACGCUGCACACUUCACGUCACCACAAUGCACCUCAAGCGCGCGCUCGGUACGUCCCGCGCACUACUCUGUACACUCUAUAUACACAUGUACACGCUGCACGCUUCACGUCACCACCAUGUACCUCAAGCGCGCGCUCGGUACGUCCCGCGCACUAUUCUGUACACUCUAUAUACACAUGUACACGCUGCACGCUUCACGUCACCACAAUGCACCUCAAGCGCGCGCUCGGUACGUCCCGCGCACUACUCUGUACACUCUAUAUACACAUGUACACGCUGCACGCUUCACGUCACCACCAUGCACCUCAAGCGCGCGCUCGGUACGUCCCGCGCACUGCUCUGUACACUCUAUAUACACAUGUACACGCUGCACGCUUCACGUCACCACCAUGCACCUCAAGCGCGCGCUCGGUACGUCCCGCGCACUGCUCUGUACACUCUAUAUACACAUGUACACGCUGCACGCUUCACGUCACCACCAUGCACCUCAAGAGCGCGCUCGGUACGUCCCGCGCACUAUUCUGUACACUCUAUAUACACAUGUACACGCUGCACGCUUCACGUCACCACAAUGCACCUCAAGCGCGCGCUCGGUACGUCCCGCGCACUACUCUGUACACUCUAUAUACACAUGUACACGCUGCACGCUUCACGUCACCACCAUGCACCUCAAGCGCGCGCUCGGUACGUCCCGCGCACUAUUCUGUACACUCUAUAUACACAUGUACACGCUGCACGCUUCACGUCACCACAAUGCACCUCAAGCGCGCGCUCGGUACGUCCCGCGCACUACUCUGUACACUCUAUAUACACAUGUACACGCUGCACGCUUCACGUCACCACCAUGCACCUCAAGCGCGAGCUCGGUACGUCCCGCGCACUACUCUGUACACUCUAUAUACACAUGUACACGCUGCACGCUUCACGUCACCACAAUGCACCUCAAGCGCGCGCUCGGUACGUCCCGCGCACUAUUCUGUACACUCUAUAUACACAUGUACACGCUGCACGCUUCGCGUCACCACCAUGCACCUCAAGCGCGCGCUCGGUACGUCCCGCGCACUACUCUGUACACUCUAUAUACACAUGUACACGCUGCACGCUUCACGUCACCACCAUGCACCUCAAGCGCGCGCUCGGUACGUCCCGCGCACUAUUCUGUACACUCUAUAUACACAUGUACACGCUGCACGCUUCACGUCACCACAAUGCACCUCAAGCGCGCGCUCGGUACGUCCCGCGCACUACUCUGUACACUCUAUAUACACAUGUACACGCUGCACGCUUCACGUCACCACCGUGCACCUCAAGCGCGCGCUCGGUACGUCCCGCGCACUAUUCUGUACACUCUAUAUACACAUGUACACGCUGCACGCUUCAUGUCACCACAAUGCACCUCAAGCGCGCGCUCGGUACGUCCCGCGCACUACUCUGUACACUCUAUAUACACAUGUACACGCUGCACGCUUCACGUCACCACCAUGCACCUCAAGCGCGCGCUCGGUACGUCCCGCGCACUACUCUGUACACUCUAUAUACACAUGUACACGCUGCACACUUCACGUCACCACCAUGCACCUCAAGCGCGCGCUCGGUACGUCCCGCGCACUGCUCUGUACACUCUAUAUACACAUGUACACGCUGCACGCUUCACGUCACCACCAUGCACCUCAAGCGCGCGCUCGGUACGUCCCGCGCACUAUUCUGUACACUCUAUAUACACAUGUACACGCUGCACGCUUCACGUCACCACCAUGCACUUCAAGCGCGCGCUCGGUACGUCCCGCGCACUACUCUGUACACUCUAUAUACACAUGUACACGCUGCACGCUUCACGUCACCACCAUGCACCUCAAGCGCGCGCUCGGUACGUCCCGCGCACUACUCUGUACACUCUAUAUACACAUGUACACGCUGCACGCUUCACGUCACCACCAUGCACCUCAAGCGCGCGCUCGGUACGUCCCGCGCACUAUUCUGUACACUCUAUAUACACAUGUACACGCUGCACGCUUCACGUCACCACCAUGCACUUCAAGCGCGCGCUCGGUACGUCCCGCGCACUACUCUGUACACUCUAUAUACACAUGUACACGCUGCACGCUACCACCAUGCACCUCAAGCGCGCGCUCGGUACGUUCCGCGCACUACUCUGUACACUCUAUAUACACAUGUACACGCUGCACGCUUCACGUCACCACAAUGCACCUCAAGCGCGCGCUCGGUACGUCCCGCGCACUACUCUGUACACUCUAUAUACACAUGUACACGCUGCACGCUUCACGUCACCACCAUGCACCUCAAGCGCGCGCUCGGUACGUCCCGCGCACUGCUCUGUACACUGUAUAUACACAUGUACACGCUGCACGCUUCACGUCACCACCAUGCACCUCAAGCGCGCUUACGGAACCGGUUACCGGCUGUCUUUCACUACUAUCGGAAUACCAAAAGAGCAAGCCAUCACAAACGUUGUUAAGUCCCACGUGGCUGAUGCAUCCGUCAAGGAAAAGUCUCUUAACACCAUCACCUACAAUCUGCCAGCGAAGAACAGCACAAAAUUUCCCCAACUGUUUAAGACUUUGGAAUCAAAAAGAUCUGAACUGGCUAUCGAUACUAUAGGUGUUGGUAUUUCUACGUUGGAAGAAGUGUUUUUGAAAUUGUGCAGUGACAUCGACACUACGUUCACUCAAGACGGCGUAGAUGGCGGAUCAGUUGAGCCUACCUACAAGACAGUGACCGGUAUUCGUCUCUACUGGCGACAGCUGCUGGUGUUGCUCAGAAGACAAGUCAAGUAUCUACUGUCCAAAAAGAUGUCGGUUUUAAUUCUGCUAGUGAUCAUGCCAAUCCUCACGUUGGCCGUCUUUACAUACAUAUCGAACGACUCGAGCAACGAUGUCAAACGCAACCCUGUUGCAUUGAUGGAUUUGAGCCUGUAUGAGGAUUUGCCGGAGCGACGCGUACUGUACAACAUCAACACCUCCGACAUCGCACUGAGGACUCUCACCGACCAUUAUAAUGACGUCGUCUUUGAAAAAACAGACGAUGUUGUCGCUUCCUUACUUGCCUAUGGUAAAAAGGACAUCGUAGAAUACAACAAAUACUUGGUUGGGAUUGAACUCAACGAUACGGACGCUAAGGUGCUGUUCACGACGCGGGUGCGGCACGCGGCGCCAGCAGCGCUGAGCCUGCUGGCGGCGCUGCUCGGGGCGUUGUCCGCCGCGCCGCUCGGUGCGCCGCGAGCCGCGCACUCGCUGGCCACCUACAACCAGCCACUCGCCGACCCGAAGCUCGACAGCUCGUCCGCCAACUCAAUGGUGCAGCCGAAAAACGUCGUCAUGUCUGCCAUGUGGGCCUCAGUCGUUGUUUUCGUGGUCCUGGCGACGAACAUCAAUUUGGUGUCGCUGCCGUGCAAAGAGCGACGGUCGGGCGCGCGGCGGCUGCACUUGCUGGCGGGCUGCGACGGCUCGCUGCACUGGGCCGCCACGCUGCUGGCGCACACCGCGCUGUGCGUGCUGACGCUGCUGCUGCCCGCGCUGCUGCUCGCCGCCAGCCUCGACGCCGAGGCCACGCUCUCACAGCCGGACCUGCUCGGCACUAUGUUUGUGGUGCUGCUCCUGGGCAGUCUCUCCUUCUUCUCGUUCAUGUACCUGGUGAGCUUCUACUUUGGCGAGCGUGGCUCCAGCACGGUACUCGUCGCCUGUAUCAUUAUAUUCGGUUUCUUUACGACGUCAAUGAAGACAGCCGACGACAUUUUCAAAGGCAAUCAGGACAAAGAUUUCUGGCACUAUAUUCUGACCUUCUGCAGCUUCAUCGCCCCGCCGCAUACAUUGACUAUUGCAGCCAUGAAGGCCGUCAACGUGGCGCGAUUGAACGCGUAUUGUACGCUCAACAAGCCUAAAUGCCCCCGUCUGUUCGUGCCCGAAGACGGAUUCGACACGAAUACUUGUUGUGUAUUGAACAGCAACCCGAGAUGCUACUUCUGCAUAGAUGACUACUCACCCGCACAGUCGAUGCUGAUUAUGUUCUGUCAAUUCAUCGUUUAUAUGACGCUGGUGAUCCUAACGCAGCACGGUGUGUUCAACCGGCUUGCUGACCGCUUGUUCAAUCAACGCUACUCUCCGAAAUAUAAAGACGAUGCAGAUGAAAUGGUGCGCGCUGAGAAGACAUACGUCAGCCAGGCGAUCGCUCUGCCCCCUAACCAGAUUCAGGAAGCGAUGCUCGUGGACGACAUUCAUAAAAACUACGUACAGUUGUUCAAGAAAUCUUGCAACGCCGUUAAGGGUGUCAGUUUCUCCGUGAAAAAGGGAGAAUGCUUCGGGCUGCUGGGCGUUAACGGCGCCGGAAAAUCAUCGACCUUCAAGAUGCUAACCGCCGAGGAAUGUCCUACACGUGGGACUAUUUUUGCCAAUGGGCAACACUUAAAAAAGAACCGCGGGAAGUAUCUUCACUCCCUGGGCUACUGUCCGCAAUUCUUCGGGCUGGAUGACUUCCUGAGCGGCUACGACAACUUGGCUCUCCUACUUACACUACGAGGACUCUCCGCUAAAGACGUAAAGAGCGCGGCUAUGUCUUGGAUUGAAGUUGUCGGACUGCAGCAGAGCGCGGGGCGGCGCGCGGCGGGCUACAGCGGCGGCAUGGCGCGGCGGCUGGCGGCGGGCGCGGCGCUGUGCACGGGCGCGCGCGUGGCGCUGCUGGACGAGCCCACGUCGGGCGUGGACGUGUCGGCACGCCGCCGCGUCUGGGCGGCUCUACGCCGGGCGCUCGCCGCUCGUCGCGCCACGGUCGUCACCUCACACAGCAUGGACGAGAUGGAGGCGCUGUGCUCGCGGAUCGCGAUAAUGUCCGGCGGACGCGUGCGCGCGCUCGGCUCGGCGGCCGCGCUGCGCGCCGCGCACGCCAGCGGGCACGCCGUGCAGCUAAAGCUGCGGCCCGGUCCCGCUCACUCGUACAAAGACGUGACGGAUAGCAGUAAGUCGGAUGUAGAGCGACUUAAAUCUGAGCUACAUCAGAAAUUCAACUGCCAACUCAAGGAUGAGCACAAGACGAUGCUCCACUACCACAUAAACGAGACGAUGCGCUACAGCGACCUGUUCACCGAGCUGGAGGCACUGAAGAACUUAAAUCCGAUCGUCGAGGACUACUCCGUCACGGAGACCACGCUUGAAGAGGUGUUCUUGUCCUUCGCCAAGGAAAACCAUAACGAUACCGGCGACAUUGCGGUCACCGCUGUUUAA